AGUUACAGGCGGUUUCCUAGGGGAAUGAACUCACUUUCACUUUCUCUAAUGAUGCAACACGGAGCAGCUGGAAAUCAGUACAAGGCUUUGCGAUUGUGCUAUAUGAUAUUUUGCACCUGGCAAAAUGUCACACGCGUUCCUGCUGAAGCCCACUGACGACGCCGAGUAAUGUAUGCGGUUCAGCAAGGUGUGGAGCGGGUGGUUCACAAUACCAGUGACAUGCGCACUACGUACAGCACAGGCGGCGGUACACAGCAACGCGUGGACUAUACCUACUAUACUCAGUGCCUGUGUCAUGUGACCAGGGUGUUUUUCUCACUGUUAACUAGAUCUUUCUAACACGUGGAGACAAAUGCCUAUUAAAACGUCUGACCACACACCUCACUCUAUAUGAUCACCGUGUGUGUAGGUCGCUAAUCGCCUUCCUGGUAACGCGCGCUGGCGAAUGUAAUCAGAGAUUAAGUGGCCUCAAUGAAGGCAGUGACAAAAGCUCGAUAGCACUUCGAGGUGUAGGUUGACUGGGAAAAUAUACUGUAGUAUGGUUGAAUUCAGCCGAUAAAUAUAUACAUCUACGUCGUGAGUUCGAAAACGGUAAACUGAGGAUAUGGCAGGACUUCGAGUAAUUCGUGGCCCUUGCUGGAACCAAGGUGAUGCUGAUGGAGGGGAAGGACAUGUGGGGACAGUCACAAGCAUUUCGCCUAGUGAUGGCUCAGUCACAGUAGUGUGGGAUGGUGGUCAGGUGGCUAGUGUACAACAGGAUGCUGUGCGUGUGCUUGACAAUGGUACAGUUGGCAUAUCUCAUGAAAAUGUGGUCUGCAAUGCAUGUCACGAGUCAGGAAUCAUGGGAAUGCGCUGGAAAUGUGCUGAGUGUAAUGAAUUUAACCUGUGACCCUGUGUUACUUCAGUGACUGCCAUGACCGCACUCAUCAUUUCUACAGAAUUGAAACAUCAGGUUCCACUCUACAAAAGGUGGAAAAGCGAAGUAAAAGCUUAAAGAUAAGGGUGAUGGGCAUCUACCCUGAAGCUACAGUGAUGCGGGGACUGAACUGGGAAGGAGGCGAUAAGGAUGGUGGAUCAGGGGCAGUGGGGCAUGUUACUGAAGUGCUGGCAUCGUCAUCAGAUUCUGUCCGGUCAACUGUGGAAGUACAAUGGGAAAAUGGGAUGAAGUCAAAACACCGUAUUGGUUUUAUGGGCAUGGUUGACCUGAAGUAUACAGAAGAGGCACCUGGUGGGGAAUGUUACCCUCAGCAUCUGCCUGUGUUGGAUACCAAAAUCUACAGCCAGCUAGAGUCACCUUCAGCCAGUUUGACCAAGGGAGAUAGUGUUGUUCUUUAUCUCAGUAAAGCAGACUUACAGAAGUUUGGCCAAUUGUGUGGUGGAAUAGUUCAUUACAAUGGUCAAGCUGGUAUUAUUCAAGACUUUGCUAAUACUGGAGAACCCAUUGUUGAAUUUGGCCCCAAGAAGUUCAAGAUCUCACACGACUUUUUGAAAAAGGUCCCACGCAUCGCAGUUGGAGACAGAGUGCGAGUCGAUUAUGAUGAGGAGAGGGUGAAGCUCUUGCAGGAAGGGCAUGGUGAAUAUAGUGAAGACAUGCAGUUGUCUUUGGGUCGAGUGGGCGAAGUGCUGAAGGUGGACAGUGAAGGGGACAUUGUUGUCCAGUUUGCGGGUUGCCAGAAGUGGCUGUACAAUCCUGCUUGUCUCUCUCUUGCACCGAACACUCCAGUGGAUGACUUGACUACUAGGGUGCACAUUUCAGAAAAGUUGCAACUUGAAUCACCGCAAAAUGAUUCAGAUUCCUUUGCCCUCAGCCUUCUUGAACAGUUUAUGGCUGCUAUCACAACAGCAGCUGCCUCACAAGCAAGGCAUGAAAUGGAUAGCCGACUUUUUGUCGAGGCUGUGCUUAACAAUAAUGUUGAUGGUGUCAACCUCUUGCUGCAGAAGGACCGUAAUCUGGUGAAAUUGCAAAUCAACGGCAUCGGAAUCUUGCUCAUUGCUGCAAACAAAGGAUUCUUGCAGAUGACGAAGCUUCUGGUGGAGAAUGGAGCAGAGAUCAACAAGACUGAUGAGGAUGGCCAUACAGCUCUUCAUGCAGGCAUGAAACAUGCAGCAGUAGCAGAGUAUCUGAUCAACCAGGGCUGUGAUGUCAAAGCUGGGAACAAACAUAAACGAACACCAGCUCAUGAGGCUGCUAUUUUUGGCCACGCACAUAUCUUGCGCCUUCUUCAAGACCGUGGAGCAGACCUCAAUGCCACUGACGAUUCGGGAGACAUGCCACUUCAUAAUGCCGUCCUUGCUGGUCAUGCUUCAGCAGCAGAGGUUCUGAUUGGGUUGCCUCAUGUUAAUUUAAGACACAAAAAUCUGAAAGGGUUUUCACCCCUGCACCUGGCAGCCUACAGAGAUGAAGCUUCUAUCACUGGCAUGUUGCUCAAAAAAGAUCAAACUCUUGUUGAUGAGCAGAAGGAUGAUGGCUUCACUGCUCUUCAUGUGGCUGCUCUUAACAAUCAUGUUAAUGUCAUGAAGAUCCUACUGGAACAAGGGAAGGCUACUGUGGAUUGUAGGGAGCACGAGAAGCAGACACCACUCCACCUUGCCGCAGGGAAAGCCCACAUGGACGCUUUACAGAUGCUAAUCCAGCAUGGUGCUGAUGUAAAUGCUAAGGACUCUAAGGGUAACAGACCACUUCAUACUGUUCUUGCAGUGGAACAAAUGCAGGACACAGAACUGGUGCUACUGUUCCUUGGGGUUCUUCCUAGGGACAGGACGGAGCGACAGGUACGCUUUGCCUGUCGUCUUCUGCAGGCAGGAGCUGAUCCUACAGCUACAAACAAUGCCAGCAAGACCCCCCUGGAGGUUUCCAGAAAUGAGGCUGUGACUGCUGCAGUGAAGCAGUUCCUUGCUGCAAAUCCUAGUUUGUGGAAACCACAAAAACCACUUUCAGCUGCAAAAGGGAACAUCGGAAGUACUCCAAACUUGACUGCGAGCUCACACGUCACCAGUCCAGGGAUCUCAACAGAUGCAGCUGGUGCCAGCAGUAGAUCGCGUAGCCAGACCCCUGCUUCCAGCAGUAGCACAACAAGUUUGGCAAGUCAGGCUCCUGCUGGUAGUUCGAGAAGUCUGGCAAAGAGCCAGACUCCAGGUAGCAGUACAGGCUUGGCAAGCCAGGCCACUGCUGGUAGUGCAACAUGUUUGACACGGAAUUCAGUCACCACCAGAACACCAAGCUUGACCAAAAGCCCUAGUGACAGCAGCAGUGUCCCACUUUCAGCCAAUCAACAAAUCAGAGCCAGCAGCCCUGAGGGCUCUGUAAAUGGCUUGAGUAAUCGCGGCAGUGCAUCUUCAUUAACAAAGUCUUCGGUGAAUUCCAGCACACCAAACUUGACUUUCGACCCCAACCCUAGCAGCAUGCCGACAACUUCAAGGACAGGUUGGUCAGCGGUGGACAACGCUAACAGCCUUCCAGGACAGUGUCAAGUGUGCAAACUGCAUGCAAGUACUAUCCUGAUGGUGCCGUGCGGGCACAGAUCAGCUUGUCGCACAUGCUGCAUCAAAAGCACAUUGCGUACAUGCCCAGAAUGUGGUGCCACAGUCAAGAGCAAGUUUGAUCAUGAUGGCAAGCAAGUAAAGAACAAGUGUUUAGUUAUGUGAGGACAGGACUUUAUCCAACCCAUAGUGGGAUACCAAAGUCCUGUCUUUUUGUGUGGCUGUCUUAAAAAGAAUGUCAUCAAAAACAUUCUUCCAUCUAGCCAUACUAUGCAAAGGUUCAGAGUGCUACAACCUUUAGUUACACCUGCCUGCCUUCAAUCCACCAUUUGAAUGCAUCAAGAAGGCAGCCCUGGUUGCACUCAUCUUACUGCUUCACUUCCUCAAGCAUCAGCAAAACUUCCACUCUGAAAACAUCAAAUAUUACUAGCCUGCCAGAAAAUGGAUGAUAGCUGGCAGCUAGUUUUACUGUUGCAAGAAGUGAAUAGCUGCAGUUUAGGAACACCGCUCAAAUCAACAGUUAUGCAGGCUUUGACUGGAUAGUUUCCAGUUGUCUGCAUGAGUGUCAAGACCCUGGAGAUGAUGUGAAUGGUGAGAUGACCGAUGUCAAUGCCAAGACUUUGGGGGGCAAUGUGUACGCAUAUGCGGUGACUUGGAAACUGAAUCUGAAAGUGAUGUAUAUGUGAGUGACAAGAUUUAUGAAAAUAGCUGAAUGUCAAUAGGUGGCAAGACUUAAAGACGUUUGUGUAAAUUUGGCUUUUUUUUUUAAUCCAUCACUUUAGGUGAAUUACCCCAUUAUUUCUGUUUUUGAGAAAAUGGAAACCAUUUUGACAAUAACAAUUUUUCUUGGUUUUUAAAGACCAUCUCAAGGAGACUGUCCUGAAAGUGAUUUGUAUUCUGUUAUUUUUUUUCUUCUCGAAAGAAGUAGUUUUUAUAACCUGUCGACAAAUAAUGUGGUUAUUUAUAACAAGUAAAAACCUUAAUUUUUAGGUUUUUCUCUUAAACACUUCUUUAACAAAAUAUUCUAUUGGGUGUUAUAGGGGUUACAAUAUAUUAAGCCUUCACCCAACCUUCUUGCACUUACACGAAAAAAUAUCUAAAAUCCUUUGUGCUGUUUUCUGAAAAUGAGCAAAAUUUUCAGCACUUGGGUGGUUUGGUGGUAAAAUGCUGCUCAGCACUGAGAACUUAUGAAUGUGGGUUUGGAUCACAAUACACCUAUGGAUUAAGUAACCUGGUAAUUUUUACACAUCGGAGUGUGUAGUUUUCAAGUGACAGUACAUCGUUGUCCCACGGCAAAAUGGGGAACUUGAGGAGGUGCAUGUUGUUUUUGAAGUUAAAAAGUGGUGUCCAAACCCAUUUCACACUACUUCAUAUUUCUUUAUGACACCUUUGCUGCCAUUGCUAAGACUUCAGAGGUAAAAUAUCUGCAGGAUCUAGACAUCCUAAACAAUAUGCUUCUCUUUGAGUUCCCCAUUUUAUGGGUGGUCCGGUGGCACAACAGUUAGCACCUUCGCCAAUACAGUGAGGGUUGGCUGUCCUAGGUUCAGCUCUCAUCUUGGGCGCACUGUUUUUUUUCUCUGCAUGUGGCAUCUGUUUACGCAGCUGGCUGCCUUACAAUGAUAUAAUCUUAGUUGCUGGUAUGGUGUAAAGCACCAAUUCCCCCCCAUGCACACACCAUUUUGCCAUGUGGACAUAACUUAUUUUUGCUUUAUAACUAUAGCCCCAGGACAAGUUUCUUGUUUCUGUAAUAAAAAGCAGUGUCUUGACAGUGCAGAUUUAGCUUUACCGAUGGGGCUAUAAAUAUAAAACAAUAGUAAAGAUGCCCAGGGUAAACUUUCAUCAUUGUUGUUGGGUCUGCACUCUGCUAUGCAGCUUGAGAGGCAAGAUGCUUGCCCUUGUUUUCACCACUCUGCACACUUACAGCCCCUGGAUAAGUGCACGGAAACAUCCUUAGUUGCUGACUCAGCAUAACAAAACCCUAAAGAUUUUUCCUUCGGGGAAAUGGUGAAGCCUCCACAGUUUAUUGACAACUGUUACUUGAAUCUAUCAGAACUAACAAAUUGUUGUCAUGUUGUUGUUUUAACAAUGUAAUGCUGUCAGAAGGUCACCAUUUGUCCCCGUUUUUUGGACAGGUAGUCUUGUUUCCCCCCACAUCCCCGGAUUGGCUCAAAAAAUUCUAGUUACCUUGUCACCAACUGAAUUUUACCAACUGUCACCCUUAAAUUUUUUAUCACCAUAAGAUUGCUGUCUUUGAGUUUUAUGGAUCUCACCUUAGAUGAGAAGAUAUAUAAACAGUCUUAAUGCUGAAUCAAAAUAGAAGGUACACAUAAGUAUUUUAAAAAACACAUUGCAGAUUCUGACAUACAAGCAUUCCACACACUAAGAACUUUGGAUGAUCCAAAUUUUUGGAAAUGGCAAAGAUUGAUCACACAUUGAAAUCAUAACUUUUCUUUUCAUAUAUAUAUAUUUAUGCCUCAUGAAUUUUAUCAGAAAAAAUGUUUCAACGUUUGCACUUAUCCACUAGCACUUCUAUGCCACAUGCAUGCAGGCAUGCACACACAAAACCAUCUAUCUCCAGGACUAGAAAAGCUGGUCCAAAAGAAUGUACCCUGAAUAAUGUGGACAACAUUACCCCCAUUUUUGCAGUUCUUUGCUUGUAUUAAGAAGUUAAAAGUAUAAGUCUGCAAGAUGUAUCAUAGAUUUAAGUUAAAACUUAUCAUUGCUGAUUGCUUAACAAAAUCGAGUGGAGGGGGGAUGAAAAAAAACGGAUUCUUGCUUUCUAUGCAAACAUGAUAGUGGUAACACACCCACUUGCAGAAUAAAUGACAAGAACAUGCAGCAUGAUAAGUAAUGCAUGAAGAUGAUAAGCAAAGAGGCUGAGGACUUAAGAAAUGGAUAAUAGACACCAUUAUGUCGAUUAACAAGAGCCAUAUUUUCAAAAAACACAUGCCCUAUAUCAAUAUUAGCGCAAUGUUUAAAAUAAAAAUGUAUAAAUGAAUAAUGAAAACUGCCACAAAUAUUACUUGCCUGUAAUUUAACAUUUUUAGAUGAAUUUAUUCUUGGGAAAAAAUCUUAAAAUACAAUUUCUUUGUAGUCAGGAAAGACAGUUACCAAUUUUCUGUUAUUUUAAAACCUUAACAUAGCUGAAGUUUUUCUCCACUUUCAAACUAAGUAGUUUCUUAAAAUUAAAUUUGUGAUGCCUUGUUGAACAUGAAAAAAAAUUUUUUUUUCCUGUGAAAUGGACAUCUACAGCAAUAAAGCACUUCCCCAUUAUUUUAUAACGAACAUCAAUCUGUCCAAAACAAACCCGGUCCAUCUUGUACAGUUUUAUUUAAAAAUGUAUUCCACUACCACCCAUAUCAUAUCUUGAUCUUUCCUACAAUCUCCAUAUUAAAAACCAUUUCAUUUUUGACAGUGAUCAAAAUUCAGAUAUUUCAAUGAAAGCUUUAUUUUUAUUUAUAGAUGCACAGGACUAAUCAUCAGCCAUAGUUACCUUAGCAUGAUGGCACUAUCCCUCAGAAUUGUCAGGCACCAAAAGGCAUAUUAAACUACAUUUAUGUUAAAAA